AUGAUCAUGGAAGGCUUGGAUACUUUAACUCAAGUUGCCUUAGCAGAACAGUUAAGUUUUGACAAUUAUCACCAAAUUCCAAGCAAUUUGAAUAAUAUCGGACGAAUACCAAACGAAACCACGGAUGAAUCUUUAAAUACACCAGUCACAACAUCGUCGGAAACAACAUUUUUUGGUUCCGACACAUGUGAUCCAGUACCUAUAACAGCGACCGCCAACAUUGAAGCUUCUAUCACCAUUCCUGAGAAAUCUUGCGUCGAUGGAAUGCAGUCAAACAAAAUGCCAAUCUCAAAUCCAGCUGGGUACACAGCCAUGAUUCGCUACAAAGGGACACUGGUUACCAAAGCAGUGACCCCUACAUCUAGCAGUCAAGACACCAGUUGUACGAUCCAGCCUUGUUUUUUCACUCCCUUUCUUAGCAGCCUCUUCAAUACAACAUCAGGCAGUGCCACCCAAGUUCAGGGACAAUUGUCCGUAAAUAAAUUAGGAAGCCUCAGUAAUGACUCCACAGACUUGAACCAACAGCAGCACCAACCACAGACACAACAUCAAUCACAACCACCAUCGCAGCAACCACACCAGCAGCAGCAGCAACAACCACAGCAACAACAAUGUAACCCACCACUCCCAAGCUACACCCCAACAUCAGAGAACUCCCGGACUUCAUCACCAAUACACAGUGUCAGUGUUGAAAUGCAUGACACUUCCAGCUACAGUUCACCUCUGCCACCAACCAGCUCCUCCCAGACAACACCUGAACCUCAAAUCAGCUUGGCCAGUACUGUGGUCCCUGAGGACUCAAAUCAUAGCCAUUCGAUGCCAUCAAAUCCCCCACCAUACGCAGCCGUAAUGUACGACAUCCCAAACUUUCCCUUGAAACAGCCCCCAGCUUAUUUAAGCUGUAGUCACCAGUCUAGUUUGGGCCCAUUUCAGCCACCCUCAACCAGCAGUUCUGUAACCCAAACACUUCUAGGUACCAGUGACGAUAUUGGCUAUAGCAAAAGCCUUAACUUGAACCUGCCAGAUUUUCCAGCUUUGCAAGUGGCCCCCACUGUACAAAGUGCCAUGUUUCCUGCCCAAGGAAUCAAAACUGAACCAAGCACUAACUUGGACAGCGGCUUUUCUCAGUUGCAAGGUAUUAUGCCUCUUGAAUUGCCUACUACUAUUGCACCCGUUACAGUAUCCACCAACAUCACAAAGACAUCUUCCUCAUCUACCAGCCCCAUGUUACCCCUCCUCAAUUCCCCAUAUCCCCAACAACAGCAACCCCAACAGCAGCAACCCCAACAGCAGCAACAGUGCUCAAGUGGGAGCAAUACCAUUGCUUCCACAGGUGGCAACACAGGGCUCAAACUCUACCCUGUGAAGCCAAGAAAGUACCCAAAUCGUCCCAGCAAAGUCCCACCACACGAGAGGCCCUAUGCAUGCCCAGCAGAGAACUGUGAUAGGCGUUUCUCUCGCAGUGAUGAGCUGACUCGGCACAUGCGAAUCCACACAGGCCAGAAGCCGUUCCAGUGUCCAAUCUGCACACGCUCCUUUAGCCGUAGUGACCAUCUGACCACACAUGUCAGAACCCACACAGGAGAAAAGCCCUUCUCGUGUGAUAUUUGUGGACGAAAGUUUGCUCGUAGUGACGAAAAGAAGCGGCACUUCAAAGUGCACCUCAAACAGAAGUCAAAGAAGGAAGCCAAGGCUUUGGCCAGUGCCAGCAGUGGUGGCAGCAGCACUAACAACAACAAUAAUACCACCACCACCACCAGCUUGCCCCAGACUUCAACACUCUCACCAGUUACAUUAGCAGAAGCAUUGACUCUUUCUGGUACACAAAUGCCAAUUGUUACAACUGCUGGGUUGUAA